ACCCGAAAGGCCAUUAUUAAUCCUUCUUAAGGUCCCCCCUCUCUCUCUCUUCAAAAAUGGUUCUCCUUAUAUCACAACCAAUCGCUAUUUUCGUUGGCUAUAACACUUUCUGCUCUCACUCUCGCCUUGUUGUUUCUGCUAUACACGACCACCGCCAUGUCUUCGCUCUCUGUUCGCUUUCUUGGCCCGCAGCCAUUCGUCUCCACUUCUUCUUCCAGGCCCAAGACGUGGGUUCUUGCCACUGCUCCGACUGUGGCGGUGCCGGCGUCGGGGGAGGUGGAUGCUGUGCGGCUGGAGCCCAGAGUGGAGGAGAAAAAUGGGUACUGGGUUUUAAAGGAGAAGUUUAGACAAGGUAUCAAUCCGCAGGAGAAGGUUAAGAUUGAGAAAGAACCCAUGAAGCUUUUCAUGGAAGGUGGGAUCGAGGAGCUUGCUAAGUUGUCACUUGAGGAGAUUGAGAAGGAGAAGCUUAGUAAGGAUGAUAUUGAUGUUAGACUCAAGUGGCUUGGUUUGUUUCAUAGGAGGAAGCAUCAAUAUGGUAGGUUCAUGAUGAGGUUGAAGCUACCAAAUGGAGUAACAACAGGCCAACAAACUAGGUACCUAGCAAGUGUGAUCAAGAAAUACGGGAAGGAUGGAUGUGCUGAUGUAACCACAAGGCAGAACUGGCAGAUCCGUGGUGUGGUGCUCCCUGAUGUGCCCGACAUACUAAAAGGUCUCGAGGAGGUUGGUUUGACCAGCCUACAGAGUGGUAUGGACAAUGUGAGGAACCCUGUUGGUAAUCCUCUUGCAGGCAUUGACCCACAUGAGAUUGUCGAUACCAGGCCUUACACAAACUUAUUGUCUCAAUUCAUCACUGGCAAUUCGCGUGGCAAUCCUGCUGUUUCUAACUUGCCAAGGAAGUGGAAUCCGUGUGUAGUGGGUUCUCACGAUCUCUAUGAACAUCCCCACAUAAAUGAUCUUGCUUACAUGCCUGCCAACAAAGAUGGAAGAUUUGGGUUCAAUUUGCUGGUGGGUGGGUUCUUUAGUGCCAAGAGAUGUGCAGAGGCAAUUCCUCUAGAUGCUUGGGUCCCAGCCGAUGAUGUGGUUCCAGUUUGCAGAGCUGUAUUGGAGGCCUUUAGGGAUCUUGGCUUCAGAGGGAACAGACAGAAAACUAGAAUGAUGUGGCUAAUUGAUGAGCUUGGUGUUGAAGGAUUCAGGGCAGAAGUAGUGAAAAGAUUGCCUAAUCAAGGGCUAGAGAGAGCAUCUUCAGAGGAGUUGGUUGAUAAAAAGUGGGUAAGGAGGGAUUAUUUUGGUGUGCAUCCACAGAAACAAGAAGGCUUAAGCUUCGUUGGCAUUCACAUUCCAGUGGGCAGAGUUCAGGCAGAUGACAUGGAAGAACUUGCUCGAUUAGCUGACACAUACGGCUCUGGUGAACUCAGGCUAACAGUGGAACAAAACAUCAUAAUUCCCAAUGUUGAGAACUCGAAAAUCGAAGCCUUACUCAAUGAACCUCUAUUGAAAGAAAAGUUCUCACCUGAGCCACCUAUUCUCAUGAAAGGCUUAGUAGCAUGCACAGGCAAUCAGUUCUGUGGACAAGCCAUUAUUGAGACGAAGGCCAGGGCAAUGAAGGUGACCGAGGAGGUGCAAAGGCUAGUUUCAGUCACAAGACCAGUGAGGAUGCACUGGACAGGCUGCCCAAAUACCUGUGGUCAAGUUCAAGUUGCUGAUAUAGGAUUCAUGGGUUGCAUGGCCAGGGACGAGAAUGGAAAGCCUGUUGAAGGAGCGGAUGUGUUUUUAGGAGGAAGAAUUGGGAGUGAUUCACACUUGGGUGAUAUUUAUAAGAAGGCUGUCCCCUGCAAGGACUUGGUGCCCAUAGUUGUGGACAUUUUGGUGAAUCACUUUGGAGCUGUACCUAGAGAGAGGGAAGAAGGAGAAGACUGAUUCCAUCAUCUGACUAACUGGUUUUUUCCCAACUGAAAGGAACUUGUAAGAACAUGUGGAGAAAGAAUAGAAUCUUGAAA